CCCUGCUUUGUUGUCUCCCCCGGAGGGGCCGGAAUGCUCAGAGCCCGCAGUAUAAAGGCAGCCGCGGUGGCGGUGGCGGUGCAGAGCCCCGCAGUCAGGACUCUGCGGCUGGUAGAGGCUCUUGGAACCCUGACUACAGCUGCGCCAGCACGGCUUCCUGGGGACCAGGCUUGCAAGCUGACAUUCCACUUUUCUCUUUCUCUGCCUUGAGUCCUUUGGAGAUGAGGGCUCUGGCUGCAGCGGGUGCUGCCCGGGUCUUGGUCACCCUGGCAGCUGCGGCUCUUUGCGGUCACCCUCUGCUGGGAGCGAGCGCCACUUUAAACUCGGUUCUCGUCAAUUCCAACGCCAUCAAGAACCUGCCCCCACCGCUGGGCGGCGCUGCGGGGCACCCGGCAGUCAGCGCGGCUCCCGGAAUUCUGUUCGAGGGUGGCAACAAGUACCAAACGAUUGACAACUAUCAGCCAUACCCGUGCGCCGAUGACGAGGAAUGCAGCAGUGACGAGUACUGCGCGAGUCCCACCCGCGGAGGGAGUGCAGGCGCACAAAUCUGCCUAGCCUGCAGAAAGCGCCGAAAACGCUGCAUGCGGCACGCUAUGUGCUGCCCUGGGAAUUACUGCAAAAACGGAAUAUGUAUGCCUUCUGAUCACAAUCAUUUCCACCGAGGGGAAAUUGAGGAAACCAUUAUUGAAAGCUUUGGUAAUGACCAUAGCACCUUGGAUGGGUACUCCAGAAGAACUACACUGUCAUCAAAAAUGUAUCAUACCAAAGGGCAAGAAGGUUCUGUCUGUCUCCGAUCAUCAGACUGUGCCACAGGGUUGUGUUGUGCAAGACAUUUCUGGUCCAAGAUCUGUAAACCUGUCCUCAAAGAAGGUCAAGUGUGCACCAAGCACAGGAGAAAAGGUUCCCAUGGGCUGGAGAUAUUCCAGCGUUGCUACUGUGGAGAAGGUCUGUCUUGCCGGAUACAGAAAGAUCACCAUCAAGCCAGUAAUUCUUCUAGACUUCACACCUGUCAGAGACACUAAGCCAGCUGUCUGAACACAGUGGACUCCAUUUACAUAAUAUAUGCUAUGAAAACCAUUUGUGACUUGUGAGCUCAGUCGUUAAGGAUGCACAAAUUCUGUGGUUACAGUUAAGCAUUCCAAUAAUACCUUCUGAAAAUGUGGAGUGUAAGAGCUUUGUUUCUUUAUGGAACAACCCUGUCAUUGAUUGCAGUAAAUUACUGUGUUGUAAAUUUUCAGUGUGGCACUUACCUGUAAAUGCAAAAAAAACUUUUAAUUAUUUUUCUAAAGGUGCUGCAUUGUUUAUUGUUCUUGUUAUGUAAAUUUUUGUACACAUUGAUUGUUAUCUUGACUGAUAAAUAUUCUAUAUUAAAUACUUUUAGCUUAUACUUUCUAAAUGCAUAACACUUUCCCAUUUUAAUUCUAGAGUCUAGAAUGCAAGGAGCUUUUGUAAUGACAAAUGAUAGGUAUAUAUAUAUAUAAAUUUAUCAUGAAAAUACUAGCUUAUUUUCCAAAAUGUACUAUCUCAGAGCUUAGAUUAUACUGAUUUCUAAACUAUGAUAGUCCUUAAAAUAAAGUUUAACAUUUAAUACCAUGAAAUGCUACAAGUAUAGAUAAAUUUUGGCAGGGUGAUCACAGGGGGUUUAUGUGGUGUGUAUGAAUACACUUGAAAAAUACAUGCAGAUUGUGUACCAAUUUGAAGUAUCUUAAAUACUUCAUUUUAGGAAGAUUUGUUCUAAUUACUUUGAUUUUUAAAUAAUUAUUACAUAAAAAUUACAAAUCCUC